AUGGAUAUUCUAUUUAAACCUUAUCUAUUUCGAAUGAUAAAAUCUUAUCAAGUUCCCAUGACAACUACUUAUCGAUUUAAUACAUCUAGUGAAAUAUUCAUAUUAAAUUCUAAUAAUAUUUAUCGUAAUUUAUCAUUUGAAGAAUGUUUAUAUUAUGAAGGUGAAAACUAUUUAAAAUAUUUAAAUAAUAAACCAUUAUGGUUUACAAAAAUUUUAUUAUGGCGUAAUACUUCUUGUAUUGUAAUUGGUCGAUUUCAAAAUGUUUGGAAAGAAGUGAAUCUUUCAUUAUUACAUUCUAAUAAUUGGAAAUUAGCUAGACGUUAUACUGGUGGUGGUGCUGUUUAUCAUGAUCUUGGUAAUUUAAAUAUAACAUUUAUUCAACCAAAAUAUUAUUUGGAUAGAUAUAAAUGUAUGAAAUUUUUACAAUCUGUUUUACAAUCAUUAUUUAUUACAUCUAAUUAUUCUAUACAUAUUGGUAAUCGAUAUGAUUUAUGGAUUUCAGAUAAUCAAACUAAUAUAAAUACAUUACAAAAUAUGUUGAAAAUAUCCGGCUCUUCAUCGAAAUUCGGCGCUAAUAUGGCAUAUCAUCAUUGUACAUUACUUUUUGAUGCAAAUUUAAACAAUUUAUCUGAAGUACUGAAACCGACUUUUGUAAAUUUAAAAACCAAGGCAACUGAAAGCGUUCGAAGUCCAGUGAAAAAUUUAAAUGUAAACAUUGAACUACUUUUAAAUUCAAUCAUUGAAAAUGGUUUAAAAUGGAUAUCUGAAAAUGAUUUAAUUACAUCUAAUCCUAUUGUAACCAAUAUUAUUGAAGGACAAGAAGAUCAAUUUAUUCAUUCAAUGAAUAAUUUUCAACAAACAUUAACAUUCUCACAAACAUGGUCAUGGAUUUAUGGGAAUUCACCAAGUUUUCAAUUAGCAUUAGAAAAUUAUGAACCUAAUUUAUCUUAUCUUACUAAUCAAUAUGGUUCUAUUCUAAUCGAUUGUAAUCGUGGUGGUAUAUUUCAAUCGAUUCAAUUUGAUCAUUCUCAUCAUUGUAAUAUAGAUCUUUCAUUAAAAGAAUUUUUAUCUGAAUUAACUAGAUAUCUUUAUGGUACAGAAUGUCGAACAAAUUCAUGGGAUUUUAUAUUAGAUCAAUUUAUAUCGAAUAAACUUAUACAACUAAAUGGUGAUAAUCUAUCUAAUGAACAAUUAUUAAUUAUUAAAGCAUUAAAAAUCAUUUCUAGUCUAUUUUAA